AUGUGUGGCCCAUUCAAGGGCUGUCAGGGCAUUUUGCGCCUUCUGGAAAUAAUCGUCAGUGCCUUAUCUUUGAUCAUCGUAAUCUCCAGAGGCAAGAUGGUGAGUCCAUGGGGCGUCUGGUGUGAGUUUGUCUGGGUUUUCUGCAUCACGGUGCCGUUGGUCCUGAGCGUGGUGGAGGACAAAAAGUGGCACAUCCUCCUGGCUGUCUUCCUCCCAAACUGGGCUGACCUGACGUGCGGGCUGACCUCCCUGUGUGCUCUGAUGAUCACCUCAGCCACGGUCAUCUUUGCAGCCGUUUUUGUGUGCCUUUCCUGCGUCGUCAACAUCCUGUGUUUCAUCUCCUCCCUGGUCGCCACUGUUUUGUUCCUGAUAGACGGUGCAAUGCAAAAAAUGAAGUUUCCAAGCGGCUACAUGUGCAGCCUGAGAGGAAGUCUCCGCACUACAGAGGCCUUUAUAGCGUGUAUUAUCCUCAGUGCCGCCACGGACCACUUUGUGAACGGUGAAUGGUCCUUUCGCCCUGCUGGGAUGAUAUGCAGCGUCCUUGUGUUUGCCGUUUGCCUCCUGGUCACUGUGGUCAUCAUUGUUCUGCAUCUGCUCAAGCUGCUGCAGUGUCUGCUGGCAUUCAAGCUAAAUAUGAUGGAGCUGGUGUUUAACAUCGUGGCAGUGCUGUUGUACCUGCUCGCUGUCAUUCUGUGGUCCGUCUUUGGUUACAAACGCUCCAAGUACAAUCCUUACAUCUGUCAGAAGUGUUCCUUUGUAGACAUGAAUACUGUUAACAUCGGAGCCAUCGUCAAUAUUGUCUUUUACAUUGUGGACCUAGUUUUAUCCAUUAAAUCUCGCUAG